AAGGCAAUGAGAGGGACUUUCCGCUGAGACAAGAGGCGUCAUAUUAUACCAGGGCUAACCCUUGAGGAGUGUUGGCUGCUUUUUAGGGGAACAGUCCAGCAGGCGCUGGGGUUUUCUGAAGCAGAAACGUUUAGGCGUGAACUUGUGGAAACGUGCGUGCUGCGGAACUGUGGUUUUGAAGUGCGAAGCACAACUGUCUUGCCCUCUUCCAAGAUGGUGGCGUGGCUUCUCUGAAUGUCUCCCUUCCGCUUGUCCGCUCUUUGAUUGGCCAGUAGACGGCGUCGUGGCCUGACGGGUGGGUCGCUGACCAAUCGGCUGAGAGCUGAGCUGGACUUGCCUGUGGGAGUCGGAGCGCGGCUCUUUGGGUUGUGAGUGCUGACGGUUCUGGCCAGUUCCCUUUUAGACUAUGGCGACAUAUCUGGAGUUUAUUCAGCAGAAUGAAGAACGGGAUGGUGUCCGUUUUAGUUGGAAUGUGUGGCCUUCCAGCCGUCUGGAAGCUACAAGAAUGGUUGUUCCCCUGGCUUGUCUCCUUACUCCUUUAAAAGAACGUCCAGACCUACCUCCUGUACAGUAUGAACCUGUGCUUUGCAGCAGACCAACUUGCAAAGCUGUUCUCAAUCCACUUUGUCAGGUUGAUUAUCGAGCAAAACUUUGGGCCUGUAAUUUCUGUUUCCAAAGAAAUCAGUUUCCUCCAGCUUAUGCAGGCAUAUCUGAGGUGAAUCAGCCUGCCGAACUGAUGCCCCAGUUUUCUACAAUUGAGUACAUGAUACAGGAGGAUGACCUUCAAGCGCUCAAGUCCCUGCAGAUGUCCCUGACCCUUCCUCCAGAUGCUCUGGUGGGUCUUAUCACAUUUGGGAGGAGUGUGCAGGUUCAUGAACUAAGCUGCGAAGGAAUCUCCAAAAGUUAUGUCUUCCGAGGGACCAAGGAUUUAACUGCAAAGCAAAUACAGGAUAUGUUGGGCCUGAGCAAGCCAGAUCCCAUGCAACAAGCCAGACCUCCUCAACCACAGGAGCACCCUUUUGUUUCCAGCAGAUUUCUGCAGCCCAUUCACAAGAUUGAUAUGAACCUCACUGAUCUUCUUGGGAGCUGCAGAGGACCUGCCAGUAACUCAGGGAAGAGACCUUUGCGAUCCACUGGUGUUGUUUCCAUUGCUGUUGGCUUGUUGGAGGGCACUUUUCCAAAUACGGGAGCCAGGAUCAUGCUGUUUACUGGAGGUCCCCCUACCCAAGGGCCUGGCAUGGUGGUUGGAGAUGAAUUAAAAAUUCCUAUUCGUUCCUGGCAUGAUAUUGAGAAAGAUAAUGCACGUUUCAUGAAAAAGGCAAUUAAGCACUAUGAGAUGCUUGCUAAUCGAACUGCUACAAAUGGUCACUGCAUUGAUAUUUAUGCUUGUGCCCUUGACCAAACUGGACUUUUGGAGAUGAAGUGUUGUGCAAAUCUUACUGGGGGCCACAUGGUAAUGGGAGAUUCUUUCAACACUUCUCUCUUCAAGCAGACAUUCCAAAGGAUUUUUAGUAAAGAUUUUAAUGGAGAUUUUCGAAUGGCUUUUGGUGCUACUUUGGAAGUAAAGACCUCUCGGGAACUGAAGAUUGCGGGAGCCAUUGGUCCAUGUGUAUCUCUGAAUGUGAAAGGACCAUGUGUGUCAGAAAAUGAGCUUGGUGUUGGUGGCACAAGUCAGUGGAAAAUCUGUGGCCUGGAUCCCACAUCUACACUUGGCAUUUACUUUGAAGUAGUCAAUCAGCACAACGCUCCAAUCCCCCAAGGAGGCAGAGGUGCCAUCCAGUUUGUCACACAGUAUCAACACUCCAGCACCCAGAGACGCAUCCGUGUGACCACCAUUGCCCGAAAUUGGGCAGAUGCGCAGAGUCAGCUCAGGCACAUAGAAGCAGCAUUUGACCAGGAAGCUGCAGCGGUCUUGAUGGCACGGCUGGGAGUAUUCCGAGCGGAGUCAGAAGAGGGGCCCGACGUGCUCCGGUGGCUGGACCGACAACUCAUCCGACUGUGUCAGAAGUUUGGACAGUAUAACAAAGAAGACCCCACUUCUUUUAGGUUAUCAGAUUCCUUUUCUCUAUAUCCUCAGUUCAUGUUCCAUCUUAGAAGAUCUCCAUUUCUGCAAGUGUUUAACAACAGCCCUGACGAGUCGUCCUAUUACAGACAUCAUUUUGCCCGGCAAGAUCUGACCCAGUCCCUCAUCAUGAUCCAGCCCAUUCUCUACUCCUAUUCCUUCCAGGGGCCUCCAGAGCCGGUACUCUUGGACAGCAGCAGCAUUCUAGCUGACAGAAUUUUGCUGAUGGAUACUUUCUUCCAGAUUGUCAUUUAUCUUGGUGAGACCAUAGCCCAGUGGCGUAAAGCUGGGUACCAGGACAUGCCCGAGUACAAAAACUUCAAGCACCUUCUGCAGGCACCACUGGAUGAUGCUCAAGAAAUUCUACAGGCGCGGUUCCCGAUGCCACGUUACAUUAACACAGAGCAUGGUGGCAGUCAGGCUCGAUUCCUUUUGUCCAAAGUGAACCCAUCUCAGACACACAAUAACCUGUAUGCUUGGGGACAGGAAACUGGAGCGCCCAUCCUAACUGAUGAUGUUAGCCUGCAGGUGUUCAUGGAUCAUUUGAAGAAGCUGGCUGUCUCCAGUGCCUGUUAACACGAGCAUGUGACCAGGAAAUUGAAGAAAACACUGUGUUCACAAUUGUUUAUAAAGGCUUAAUAACAUUCCUUUUACUUUUCUGGCAGAUUUUAAUAAAUAAUCAAAGAAAAUUUUGUAUGUAACUCUUUAGGUUAUAAUUUAUUUGUAUGCCUUAACUGUAUCCCUUUUGCACCAUAAAAUUGUAAGGUCCUAAAUGUUUUGGUACUUAUAGAUGUUUAUGUCCUCUUUGUAUCCUAACCUUUAGAAUUUAAAUAAAAUCAGAGGUAAUGUAUUUUAUGGUAGCUUGUUUAGGUAAGCAUCUUAAUGAUCAUAAAAAAAAAAAAUAAACCUGGAUGAGGAAAAUACUGGCUAAAAUAAUGCUAAUACAAAUUUGAUUUCCUGA